GAAAAGGGAAAGUAGAUUAGUCAGGUUGUUGACAUUCCCUUCCUGUUUAUUGUUUUUAACAAGAAAAUGUCAAGAUUAUACGAUAAUACACCAUUAACAAAUUUACCACAGAACAAUAUUAACUGGUCAUCAGUUUGGAAUGAAGAUACAUGGAUCAGCAAAGGGGAAGGAGUUAUACUGGAGGCUUGUAUAAAAGGAAAAUCUAAAAUAGCAGUCACAGAUACUAGUAAUAAAAAGGUCAAGUAUUUUGUAUUCCAUGUGCAACCUGGAAGAGUUCACAGAAGAAAAUUUGAUGUCAAUGGAAAAGAAAUUGAACCAAACUUCAGUGAAACUACUAAAGUUAUGACAGGCUACCUUAAUUCGUCUUACAAAACCGAGGCAAAGGGUAAAACAGAUAAACUAACAGAACAAGAAUUAACAGAUCUUAUUGUCAAACAAGAACUGAAGAAAAUAACAGAAAAGACAGCACCAAAUAAUACUCUAUCAUUAUGGAUACAGGAAUCACAGCUUGAUAAGAUGGACCUAGAUAAUGAUGAUAUUGUUCGUAUUAAAACUAGUGGAUAUAGUCCAUUUAUUUUUAGUAUAGGAAGAGUUGAGGGCCAAUCUGCGACAGUGUCUAACUUUGCUGGUGGAGAACAGGUGGGUGGUUCCUGGACAGAUAAAAUAAUGGCCAUGAAAUCAUCUGCCCCACAAGAUGUAGAAGAUAACGAGAUUGGAGAUGACGAAUGGGAUGAUUAAAAGAUCUGGCAACCUGUGAAUUACAGACUUCGAAAAUAAACUUUUUAUAUAUGUAAAUAGCAGCAUACAAACAGAAACACCAUCAAUGGUAUUAUAAAGACAACAUGUGAACCUUUUAGGAGCACAAGAAAUACAUCCAACAAUUAUACUGAAAAAUAUUUUAAUGGUUGGAGUGUGUUACAGAACAAAACUUGUAAGGCAGGGUGGUCAUACUGACACCCGCUAUCAUAAAUGAAUGAAUUAUGCGCACUCAUUUUAAAAGGUCAUUUGUAAAUGCUAAAUAUUGCUGACAAAAUUCACUUCAAAAAUCAUUUGUUUAAAUUGUUUAUAUAUACAUGUAAAAUACUUUUAUUUUGUACAUAUGCAUCUAUGAGUAUCAUAGUCGUUGGUUUCACUCGUGAUCAUAGUUAUAUACAUCUAGUCUUCCACUAGCAAUAAAUAUCAUCUUCGCUAAA